AUGUUUGCUUUAACAAUAUUGAGUUUUUUUUACUCAACAAAUGGAUUUAACCUCUCACCAAUACCCAGCUACAGUAUAAAGGAACCAAAAAUGAACAUUUCAAUGGCCCAAUCUCAAAGUUCAUAUUUUGGAUUUGCUAUUAAUUUACGGAAAUCAAGUAUUAUCAUUGGUGCUCCCCGUGCUCAAUCCACGCUCGAAAAUCAACUUAAAAUAAGCGAACCUGGGGCAAUCUACAGUUGUAAAAUUGCAAAUGGUAUCUGUGUGCCGUUAAUUUUCGACAACACUGGAAAUAAACACUACGAAAAAGAUAAUACCUCUUUUAAGAACAAACUGAAAUCUCAUCAAUGGUUGGGUGCUUCAAUAGAUGGUGGUUCCAGUGACAAAGAUAAAAUUGUAGUUUGUGCUCCACGACUUAAAGCAACUACUGCCUCUAAAGACUAUCUUAUGAAUGGUAUUUGCUAUUGGAAGCCCGAUACUGUGAAUAUUGAUCCACGGGAUGUUACAAAGAUUGCACCUCUUAAUCUGAUAUCUAACCAAGUUCGAAAAAUACAAGGACAUAAUACAUUUUAUCAUAUGUAUGGCGAGCAAGGCUUAAGUGUCCAUAUAACGAACAAUAAUGAAGAGAUUUUAAUUGGAGCUCCUGGUAUCCAUAAUUGGAAGGGUUCCAUUAUUCGACAAGAUAUGUCCAAGGCUGAUGGUUAUCCUGAGGUUCCUGAACCUCAUUUGUGGGAACAACAAACUUAUUCCUACUUCGGUUUCUCAGUAGGAUCGGGAUACUUUGAUAGUGAUUUACCAAACAAGACCCUCUAUGUUGCUUCAGCUCCUAAAGCCAAUGAAGUGUCAGGAGAGGUUUAUAUUUUCGACAUAAUCAUGAUUGCCAAAAGUAAAUAUUCAAUCAAGAAGAUGAAAGUAUUCCAAAGUUCACAGUUUGGAGAGUACUUUGGAUACGCUGUCUUAGCUGAGGACCUGAAUGGCGAUGGAUUGACGGAUCUUAUUGUUACUGCUCCACAUCACUUUUCAGAUGGGCACUUUGAACAGGGAGCCGUAUAUGUCUUCAUUAACAAAGGAAAUUUUUUGUUUGAGCAAAAUAUUAUCAAAUCUCCAGCAACUCAAGAAAACGGACGAUUUGGAACAACGAUUUCGAAAUUAGGAGAUAUCAAUCGUGAUGGGUUCAAUGACAUAGCUAUUGGAGCUCCAUUUGCUGGAGAUGGAACGGUCUUCAUUUAUUUAGGUUGUACCGAAGGCCUUCAUCAGGUCCCUAGUCAACAAAUUAAUGCGGUCCCAAUAGCAACAACAUCUUGGGGCCAACAUGUGAUGUUUGGACAUGGUUUAUCAAAAGGUUGUGAUAUUGACAAUAAUGGAUUUAAUGAUCUUGCUGUUGGUGCUCCAAAUGCGGAAUCUGUGUUUGUUUACCGUGCUUAUCCCGUUGUUAAAAUUCACGCCACAAUUAAUUCGAUCAGAGGACGUGAAAUCAAACAAGAGGACAAAUCUUUAGAAUUACAAAUAUGUUUUAGAAUUUCGACUCAAUCACAAGAAGUCAAGAGUCAGAAAAUAAGCAUCACAGUGAAAUUGGAUCCCAAAGUAAAACGUCUAACAUUUAAUAAUACUUUUUCGACAGAGAUGAGUUUUAACGAGAAGAUCACAAAAGCUCAUAACUGCCGUGAGUUUGAUGUGGAUGUUCGAAAUAAAAUGGCUGAUAUAUUUAAGCCAAUUGAAUUGGAAAUGCAUUAUGCUCUCACUAAACAAGUUCAGAAUUUAAAAGAAUUUUGUGAUGAAUGUGCAGUAGUUGAUCCAGCUGAUCCAAGGUUUGUUGUUGAAAAUAUCACUUUUGCUAACGGAUGCAAGUCUGCUGUAUGCAUUGUUGAUUUAAAAGUAACAAGUUACGGAAUUGGUCCAACAUAUAUCCUUGGAAGUAGUGAAACAAUUUCUAUUACCUACGAAGUAACGAAUUCCGGUGAAAAGGCUUAUAUGCCUCGAAUCAAUAUAACAUCAUCAAAUAAAAUGCCAUUUUACAAAAUACCACCAUCCUGUCAAGAUGAAUUUGAUUAUCUUAUUUGUGAUUUGAAUGACGAGAAAUCAAUGUUAACAAAUAGCAAAGAAAAUAUAACAAUUGUUUAUGUUAUUAGUCAAAUUAACAUCACUUUAGCUGACAUGAAUUUAACAGCUUUUGUUUUUUCUGCCGGAGAAGAAUUAAAUGCAUCUGAUAAUUUUCAAAGUGAUUUGAUAACUUUUAAAGAAUUCACCGAUAUCGAAGUUAUCGGCAAACCAAAUACAACUGAUAUCGAUUUAGAAAAAUAUUCCAAUACAACUGCUGAGAUAAUUAACAAGCAUGAGAUCCAAAGUAUUGGUCCAAGUAUAAUUCGGGAACUUGAAGUCUACAUCGAUAUACCAAUUGCUGAAAUGUUUCACAAUGCAACUCAGCUAGUUUCAAUUAUUAAUGUUACUAGUAUUACAAUAGAAAGUUUGUACAAUGGUCAGGAGCUUUUAGUUGAUUUCUAUCCGAAGCAAAAUGAAACAUUGUUGGUGAAGAAUGAAACAUUGUUGGUGAAGAAUUUAACCGACAUUAAAAGAUUGAAGCAAUACGAGAAUGGAACAAUUAGCUAUCAACCACCGAACCCAAACCUUAUGGAACUUGAGAAAAAUUCUAAAAAACUAAGGAAUCCUAAGAGAAAUCGUCGUAAUAUUGAACAACUGGUGCCCGACACUAAUCACAUUGAUGCUGUUAAAAAGAAUGUUUCUCUACCAAUCAACCGAAAGAUAGUUUUCAGUUGUGUUGAUCCUAAGAUAGGGACAUGCGUGACAGCUGUCAUAAAAGUUUGCCAUUUCAUUCCUUUUAUGCCAGUUAGCAUAACUUUGAAGUACCAAGUCGAUUUAAUUGAAGUCAAUAAAACUCUAAUAGUACCAUGGGAGUUUUUUGAGAUAUUACCAAACGUGAGGAUAAACAAAAUUGGUGAUUUAAAUGGCUCAACCAUAAAUAUUACAACAAAUAUGAAAUACAUUGAAAUAUUCAAGCAUCAUUUGUUCAUAAAGCUUCAUCCCACACCUUGGUGGGUUAUUUGUCUUGGGAUAUUGGGUGGACUUUUGGUUCUUGCAGGAAUAGCUUAUGGCAUGCAAAAGGCUGGUUUCUUUAAAAGAACUACGAAAGAAGAAAUGCAAAGAAUUGUAGAAGAACAAGAGGAAGUUGCAAAAUUUCGGGAAAGUAUUAUUUCGAAACUUGCUCAAAAUCAACUAUGUUCUGAAAAUGAAGAUACCGGAAAUGAAGAUUAAAUUAAUUAAAAUUAAAGCUAUUUAAAUGAA